ACCUUCAAGAGAAACAAAUCUCUCAAAUCAACACCACACACAAAAAUGGCUCCUCAAAUGGAAUUUGUCUCCAAGACUCAACAUUACCUGAAGGUCAAGAAACCCCAACUGGAACGUGAAAGACGUGCUCGCAUCAACAAGUGCCUGGAUAGCCUCAAAAAAUUGGUGGCCGAAUUCCAGGGCAAUGACUCUAUUUUACACAUGGAUAAAGCCGAAAUGUUGGAAAAUGCAGUGAGCUUCAUCAAGUCACAAGUGCGCCAACCAAAAGUUCCUGUAUCUCCUCAAGUGCCUAUGGAUUCAUUCCGCCAUGGUUAUAUGAAUGCUGUCAAUGAAGUAUCCCGUGUCAUGGCUGCCACUCCCGGCAUGAAUGUCCAAUUGGGCAAAGCUGUUAUGAUUCACUUGGGUUGUGAAUACAAUCGUUUGUCUGAGGUCACAACACCAAUUAAAAAUACAGAAGUGUGCUCAGCUCCCAUGUCUCCAGCAUCAUCGGGUUAUCACAGUGAUGAGGAUAUCUCACCAGCCGCCUCACCAGCUCCCUCUACUCCUGUAUGGCGUCCUUGGUAGAUAUUUGAA